UUGGUAGAUAUCAACACAGAUUAUCUGACGUUUCAUCGAAAUGAGUACCGUUCUUCUCCGCAUUUGCUUCAGUUAGAGAAAAUUUUAAACGACUUUUGUGAGAGCGUUUACGAAGAUGAGCCAGAUCCGGAGAAGAACGAUUUGGACUGGUUGUUUCAAAAGUAUCGGAAACUGGAAUGGAGUGACAAACUGCAACGUUCCACAAACGUCCACCGGAGGACUGCGGUUGAACCAGCCGAUCGGAAUGUAAACAAACGCAUAUUUUUAUUGGCUGGAGAACCGGGAAUCGGAAAAACAUGCUUUCUGAUCAACUGGCUUGAUCAGUACAAGAAAAGUCACGGGAUAUGCCCUGAAAGCAAGUUUGAAAAGCCAAUCGCGUUCAAAAGUCCUGUACAGUUGGAUAAGCAAAGAGAUGAGAAUACGCAUCAUCUGAUGGAAAGUUGGGUGCCAAACAUCACGACAAAAAUGAAAUCAAAAGCAGCGGAAACUGUCGAUUUCCCAGUGCCAACCCAAGGUGAUCCGGGAUUCAAAAACCCUAUUUCACCGAUUAUCAUAGAACAUUUUACCAAUCACAAUAUCCGGCAAACCGUGGAUGUAUGGACAGUACUGGAACGACUAAUUCUUCGAAUUCGGGAAGCGCAAGGCAAAGAGAACGAUCUCAACUCAAUCUGUCCCAGUACGUUGUCUGCUUUGACUGCUGGUCUGGCUGACCAUGAACGCUCUCGACAACUCAGGCAAAUUGGAUCACGUUUCUUUCAGGCGGUCAAACGCAACAAGUUCACUCCGUAUGAUCAUGUACAAAAACCAAUCAUUGUACUGAUUGACGCUUUAGAUCAGCUGGAAGAUCCACUUGCCAGUUCGCCUGAGGGGGCACAUUCUGUCUAUCAACGUUUGUCACGCUGUCCGCUCGUUCAAGUAGCCCACUUUCCCAAACCUGCCACACCCGUUCAAACCAUUCCAACGCGAUUUCGCGUCUCAUCUUUAACUCGUCCCACCGGAAGCGCCCAGAAUAGCAUCCCGGUUAAAGUGCACCGACAGCAACCAUCAGAUUUGGUCAGUUUGAUGCCCAAUCUGGUGGACUGGGCCGUACUGAGUAAUAGCGAUCAACUGAUGACAAUCAUGGACACCGAUACAGACAGAAAGGAACAACUGUCCGAUGCACAGAAAUGCGCUCAAGCCGUUCGUGAUCGUAUAGCAGAUUACGCAGCCGUACGAGCGUACGAGCAAUGGCCACUGAGGCACGUGCCUUUAGCCCGAAAAAUGCUUGCACAGGAAUUCCACAGCACUUCGUUCGGAUUUAGCUCAGCCAAGAUACCACGUGACAUUGCGUCCUGGAAUGAUUUCCGUGACCGUUUGUUAGCGACUCAAUCGCUCCGGCAGCUAAUUCUCUGCUUGAUUCGACGAUGGGCCAGGGACGUGGAAACGGAUUUGUUGGAACUGGAGCAAUACACAACCGAGAAAGUUCCUCCCGAGGCCCAAGGAGCGAUGUUUUCCAGUCAAUCCUUGUGGACGCUGAGUGAAGGAACAAAGGACAACAGUACAUCAAAAACUGAUAAGAAGAAAAGAUUGGCUCGUAAAAUGGUCAUCAAGAACUUCACAAAAGAUUGGACUCUUGGAUUUGUGGCGCUCGUAUUUCACUGCUGUCUCACGGCAAACCAACUUACCUGGUAUUCCGUAGACGGUGUAUCACACGGAUUCGGGAUUGACGAUCUGUUGCAAAUGAUUCAGAGCAUGUUGGUUCCAGACAGUUCGGUGAUGCAGCAAUUUCUGAAAACCACUGAACUGGCCUGUCGCUCACCGUUGCUUCCCUAUAUUGUGUUACGAUUGCUUCAUCGAGUUGGUGCAUUCACAUCGGGUACAGGGGAUGGUGGUGGUACGGGAGUACAUCUUCCGUUGGAGAGUUGCGCACUCCAGUGGCACACGAUGAUUACCGAUGCACAAUUUCAAAACCUUCUCACUACAAACGGUUUGACGAUUCGACGAGUUGGCCUAUGGAAUCGCUGUUCCAGUUCCCAAUCACUGAGACAAGACAUGCCGGACAUGAGUGUGAUUCCACGAGUCACAUUCUGGCAAGUUGGUACCGAAUCCCAUUUGGAUGAACGUGCAAGUACUAGGCACGGUGCGUUGCUGAGCGCGGCUGCUACCUUGGCAGUGGACCGAAAUGAUGCAUAUUACCAGGCAGAAUUCGCGUUACAGAUUCUGGCAAGUCACAUACUGAAGAUAGCUGUUUUUCCUGGAUCCACUGCAAUUGAACCAGUGCUCAAUCAGCUAAACAAUUUACUUUGUGAUCCAAGAUUGUUACUGUGUGUCGGUUGGCCUUAUUUCAAAACACGGCCUUUCCUGGGAACCAUACCCAACGCGCAUUUAAUCGUGACCUACUGGAAGUUUGCUCACAAUGUGUCAGUUCGACUAGAGCGUUGUCGUCAUGAUUUGCGUGGACUUCGGUCUCCAGUUUCACGGUCAGAUAGUAGACCCAGUUGUACGCCCAUUUCAGAUCAUAGCGUCUGGGAGUCCGAGGUGGACCAUCUCACUCCAGUAGACGCGUAUUCACGAAUCAGCGAACUUCAGUUGCACUCCAUCGCACGUGAUAUUAUUCGACUGUUUCGGUUGGAUGGUUCUGACAAACAAGGUCUGGGAGAUACCACUCAUUUUAUUGCAGAAUAUGAAACUCCAAACGCCUUGGAAUCGCUGGUUUGGAUUUGUGCUGAACUGUUGUAUUUUUUGGAAUACGAAAUGGAGGCGAUCAGUAUUCUGUUCGAACUGGCCAAGGUGUUCUUGCGCCGAUACCAACUCACACACCGGGAUCUACUGCAGCUAGCCUACCUCGGAAUGAAUUUGGCCCAAAAAAGACGUGUUCUUCCGGUCAGUGCAAAACGAUGGGCCGACAGUUUGCUGAACCUAAUGCGCUCAGUUGAGACUCGUCUUACUGAGGGUAUGAAAGAGUUGUCUGCCACUGAGAUAACGGACCACAAAACGUGCCCGCUGGGUUCAUUCGUGCCCAGUUUGGACCGCGGAGAUUCGCAGGAGCAAUUUAACGGUUUGCAAAACGCAUUCGCUUAUUUGAAACUGAUGCGAAUAGAGGCUCAGCUGCAAUCUUUCAACGAGGAGAGUUUGACUACGAGUCGGAUACUCACGUGUGCAGAUUCGCGUUUCCUUCAUCUGGUUGCAUCGAAAGACACUUAUAACUGUGCUGCUCUCGCGGCCACUGCUCAACAACUGGUUGCACACACGGAUGAAGUGAAAAAUUCAUUCGAAUCGCAAAUGUUGGAAGCGAUUUCGCUACUUGUGUCCGAUCAGGGUAUCUACGAUCCUCGAUUGGUGGAGUGGUUACUCUCUUUUGCAUGCUCAUUGCAGGAACCGGUUGAUGAAGCAUCUCCCGACGAGGCUAGCUUUCUUCGUCUGGCCUCACGUCGAGCCCGCGCUGCAUCGUGUUUGCGUUGGGCCUUGGAUAUUCUCCAUCCGGAUCGUGAAGUACUCGUUCGACCACUUGGACGUCCGCCAAUUGUAGUUGCAAGAGGAUCGAAUGAAUCGUUUGAUUCGUCCAUACACAGGAGUAUAUUGCAAAGACAUCCACGCACUAUGACAUACUAUUCACGAGUGCCUUCGGGUAAGACCACCAACAGGAAAACUGACUGUCUCACUCCGGUCAAACGGUCAACAACUCCACAAACUACAAAACCCAAUUUGUUUCUCAUGUCCAGUGUGACAGAGAACGAGACAGAUUCGGAUGUGCUAUCGACGAAAAUCCGAUUGCAGUUGGUAGGCUGUCUGCUGGCAGAUGGCCGCCAUCUGAGUCUAAAAGAAGCAUUGACUCAUGCAGCUACAGUGUUUCACGAACGUGUCGCCCUUCUCGGAACUGAACAUCCGAUUUGUGCCAAAACGCACAAGUGGAUGCGCCAAAUCGAACAGCAAUUGGCCAUGUUCGACAGACCAGGUCAUGCGUCCAGUGUGGUCGCACAAUCCAUCGAUCGACAGAACGCGGAAGUUCGGUUAGCCAGCCUGAAUCAUUCGCAUGGGUUUCAGCCGGAUGAUUUGGGCCAAACUGUGCAUUCCAGUAUCAGUGAUUCCAGUUCAUCACAAGUUUAUGGACCACCCUUCGGUCCCCCAAAGAAAUUCCGACUAAUUCAUCCGCUCGAACGAAAGUCGAUGCAAGAUGAAAUUGUACGUAACUAUCUUUUGAAUGAUGCACCGUUGAGAUAUCCUAUCCGUAACUCAUCUGUCCGGAAGAGUGGUCACCAUUCUGGCGGCUCAUUGCCUGCCAGUGCUCGUGGAAUAAAGAAAGUCGUUUCAGGGCCCAAAACGACGCAUAGUUCCACAGGUCAACAUUCCUCAAGAUCAGACAAUAGUCGAGUCAAACGUAAUCAAUGUGCGUGUGAUUGCGUACUCGAUGUGAAAGUACGUGAGAGAGAGCGCACAGCACGGGCUGGUGAGGUGUGGUGUGAUGUGAUUUGA